CCCGCUCCCAUUUUCUCAGGUUUUUGGAUGGUUCCGACCUGGCAACCCUACUCCAAAGUUGCAAUCCUCUUGACUCUUUGCUCCGAAGACCUGCCUGCAAAGUCCCAGGUUGCCUCGUUGGCUUCUGUGCUUCUGGAAACAUGAAAGGUCAGAAAGUUGUGACAUCCAUCCUUCUUGGAAUCAUCUUCAUCAUUGUUCCCUUAUAUAUCGGAUACACACGAUUUGUGAGCCAUUUCCUGGAGUCGGCAGAGCAGUACUUCAUGACAGACUACGAUGUAAACUAUUAUAUCUUCACGGAUGCUCCUCAAGAAAUCCCUGUUGUUCGUCUGCGGCCUGGGCGAACUCUCCGCCUCAUCCCCAUCAAAAAGCACCCCCACUGGCAAGAGAUCUCCAUGCGUCGGAUGGAGGUGAUAAACAGGCACAUCUCAGAAAUGGCUCACCGAGAAGUGGAUUACCUUUAUUGCUUGGACGUGGACAUGGUGUUCCACAGCCCAUGGGGCGCAGAAGCCUUGGGGGAGCUGGUCGCAGCCAUACACCCAGGUUACUAUAAGGUCCCUCGAGCGACGUUUCCUUACGAGAGGAGAGAUGUUUCCGCGGCCUAUAUCUCUAGCGAAGAGGGGGAUUUCUACUAUGGAGGAGCUGUCUUUGGAGGCCUGGUCAAGAAUGUGUAUGAGUUCACCAGAGCCUGCCACAUGACCAUAUUGGCUGACAAAGCCAACGGUAUUAUGGCAGCUUGGCAGGAGGAAAGUCAUCUGAACAGGCACUUCCUUUCCCAUAAGCCUUCAAGACUCCUCUCUCCGGAGUACAUCUGGGAUGACACAAAAUCGAAACCUGCCAAGCUGAGACUUAUACGGUUCUCGACGGUGUAUAAGAACUACAAGUUGCUAAGAGACUAACCCUGGUUGAGUCCGUCUCAGCUUCUCUGUGUCUUGCCUGGGAGAGGAAGCCCAGCAUCAGGUCCUGAAGACCACCUCUCCACUGAUCCAUUGCACAGUUAGCAACGUCAGGAGGAGAGAGUGCAGGCCGCAGGUUCAAAUCCCACCCACCUCAAACAAUUUCAUAGAAUCAUAGAAUAGUAGAGUUGGAAGGGGCCUAUAAGGCCAUCAAGUCUAACCCCCUGCUCAAUGCAGGAAUCCAAAUCAAAGCAUUCCCAACAGAUGGCUGUCCAGCUGCCUCUUGAAUGCCUCCAGUGUCGGAAAGCCCACUAUUGUCGUAUGGCUCUAACAGUUAGGAAGCUUUUCCUUUUUUUUUUUUUUACAAUAAUUUUUAUUCAAUUUUUCAUAAAACAAACAAAACAAAAUCAAAAAACAUAACACAAUAAAAAUAAAAAUAAAAAAUUGACUUCCGAUUUGUCACAGAUCAGCUAUAAAUAUAUAAUAUAUAUCAAACCUGUCCCUUAAUACAUACAAAAUCACUUUUCUCCAUAGUCUAUCUUAAUUAAUCGUCAAAUCCCAUUAUCAUCAUUUCAUUUUUAUCUUUCAACAAAAAGUCUAAGAGAGGCUUCCAUUCCUUAAGAAAUGUAUCUGUCGAUUUUUCUCUAAGUAAACAUGUCAAUUUAUCCAUCUCUACAUUAAUUUCAAUAGCCAUUCUUCCGUUGUUGGUGUUGAUUCCAUUUUCCAC